ACUGGUGUGACAGUAAACUUUACUCAGCUCCAAGUUGGUUUGUUGCGGAAUUUUCGAGAAACAUUGGAUUUCUUUCGUUUUUGUCAAAAAAUGGACGCGGAAGAAUACAGAAGACGAGGGAAAGAAAUGGUGGACUAUAUAGCAGACUACCUCGAAAACAUCAGAACGAGGCGCGUGUUCCCGGAUGUAUCUCCAGGAUAUAUGCGCCCCCUAUUGCCAGAAUCUGCACCCACGACGGGAGAGGAAUGGGACGACAUCUUUAAGGACGUGGAGCGGGUCAUCAUGCCCGGGGUGACCCAUUGGCAGAGUCCCUACAUGCACGCCUACUUCCCAGCCCUCAAUUCCUAUCCAUCCCUCCUGGGCGACAUGCUUGCAGACGCCAUCAAUUGUUUAGGUUUCACAUGGGCGUCUAGCCCAGCCUGCACAGAGCUGGAAACUAUUGUGAUGGACUGGCUGGGUAAGAUGAUCGGACUUCCGCAAGAGUUCCUCCAUAGCAACGAACAGACGAUGGGUGGAGGAGUAAUACAGACGACUGCUAGCGAAUCCACCUUCAUCGCUCUGAUGGCCGCGAGAACAGAGGCCCUCAGGAGGUACAAAGCUAAGAACAGGGAGCUUAGCGAUGCGUUUAUAAACAACAGACUUGUGGCCUAUUGUUCGGACCAAGCACAUUCAUCGGUUGAAAAAGCAGGCCUGAUCGGAAUGGUGAAAAUGCACUUUCUACCCGCAGAUGAGAAACUCAGCCUCAGAGGAGAGACACUGAAAGAGGCUAUUACUAAAGACAAGGAGGAUGGGUUUAUACCCUUUUUUCUAUGCGCCACGUUAGGAACAACAGGGUCUUGUGCCUUUGAUAAUUUGCGGGAGUUAGGGCCAAUAUGCGAUGCGGAAAACAUGUGGAUGCACAUAGACGCGGCCUAUGCGGGCACAGCCUUCAUCUGUCCCGAAUUCCGAAGCUACAUGGAAGGCAUCGAGCAUGGCCACUCGUUUGCCUUCAACCCUUCGAAAUGGAUGAUGGUACAUUUCGAUUGCACCGCAAUGUGGGUAAGAAAUAGCGGGGCCCUCCAUCGAACAUUCAACGUGGACCCACUCUACCUUAAACAUGAGAAUUCUGGAGCGGCAAUCGACUACAUGCACUGGCAGAUACCUCUGAGUAAACGGUUCCGGGCCUUGAAGCUUUGGUUCGUGAUACGGUCAUUCGGAGUACAGGGACUUCAAAAACACAUUCGAGAGGGAGUGCGGUUAGCCAAGAAGUUUGAAAUGCUUGUCCGGGCGGACCCCCGGUUUGAAGUAUCAGCGGAAAGAGUGCUCGGCAUGGUGGUGUUCAGGUUAAAGGGUGAAAAUCUUCUGACAGAGGAGCUUCUGAAGCGUCUAAACAAGAGCGGCGAAGUGCACAUGGUCCCAGCCUCUCUGAAGGGACGAUACGUCAUCAGAUUCACCGUCACCUCAAAUAAAACAACCGACAAAGACAUUGAACGCGAUUGGUAUAUCAUCCGCCAGAUGGCGUGUGUGGUACUCGGACAGGAAGAGGAAGAAGAACUCUCCAACACAGAGGAAGGCAAGGAAAAUCUAGACGAGGAGGACAAAAUAGUCGAAAAUGGAAAAGUGGAAAUAAAACCGAGCGUUCCGCACAGUAUGUACAAACAUGUUGCAAGGGUCGGGAUGCUGAAGAAAGAGUUUGGGUUGAGUUUGAUUUUAUCAAAUGUCCCCAUGUCUCCCAGGUUCAUUAACGGCAGUUUCGCAGCUGUUUUUGAUAACACCGAGGUAUUGUACGAGUUUGCGAAAUAUUUGGCCGAUCGAGAUUUCUCGCGGCCGACGAUGAUCAUGUCGCCCCGCAGAAAAUUGAAGUCGAAGGGCAAGCAAUAUAGCCUCGACGCCAGCGUGUUGCAGAUCAGUGCGCCUGCACGAAAACCGCAACUGCAAUCGAAAUUCAAACAAAGUUCCUUGGAUUCGAAAAUCGAAGAGAUUUUCGAGAAUAAUGAAAAUAAUGAGAAUAGUAACAGUAAUAGUGGUACGAGUACCAGCCAAGAGGGGUCAAACAGCGCAGAGUCCAGUUCCGAGGCUGGCGAUGACGUCACAAAUAGUGCGCGCUCUCAAAGCUUUGAGAGUCAAAGUCGGAGUCCACUGCGCCGGCAACGGUCGAUAAAAUCACCGACUGAAGAUGGCGCCACUGAGAAGUUGAACGGCCAUCGGUUGAUUUGCACGUACUGCGGUCAUGAAGUGUGUGCAUAA